UAGAUAAUUGAUGAUUUUUAGUAUGAUUAAUACUGAAAAUAUCUCGAUGAGAUUAGUUAUGGCCAAGCUUGCUUUGAAAAGAAUAGCAUUCGAUAGUCAUAAUUCUAGACUCAUAUUUAUGCUCAAUUUUAUCAAUAAUUACUUAAGAUAUCCUAAAAAUCUCUUUUCUAACAUUUCUUUCGCUUCAGGACCGGAAUGGUGUGCUUCGAAUUCCUCAGUGACAUCUGUGCCCAUGUUCUCCACUAUAUAAAACCUCCCACCAGGAUGUUUCUCUGCAAACCCUGAUAAAUCAUACACUUUCUCUCCCACAAUAACCCAGUUAUCCGCUUCAGUACAAUGCUCUGCCACUUCUU